UCCUGGCGGGGCCGGCGGCGGGCGGCAGCGCACUAUGCUCCCGAGCGCCGUGGCGGCCCCCGCCGGCGCCUACUGGGACGUGGUGGCGUCCUCCGCGGUGCUCAACUUCCCCGCGGCGCCGGGCUUUGGCCACCUGGGCAAGAGUUUCCUGAUCGAGAACUUGCUGCGGGCCGGGGGCGCCCCGCCGGCCGGGCCGCAGCCCCCCGCGCCCCACGGCCCCGCGUCGGCUGCGGGCGCGCACGGCCGGCCCCUCCCGGCCAGCCCGGUCCCGCUCAAGCUGUGCCCCGCGGCGGAGCCGGGCAGCCCGGGCGGCGCGCCCUACGGCACGCGCUGGGCUUUCCAAGUGCUCGGCCCCUCGGCGGACGGCGCCAGGCUGCCGGGCCGCGCUCCGGGGGCCCGAGAGUGUAGCUUCCAGCCUCCAGCCGCAGCGUCUUCCAAACCUUUCUUCCUGAGCGCCCCGCCAUUCUACUCGGCAUGCUGUGGUGGGUCCUGUCGGCGCCCUGCAUCCCCCACUGCUUUUGCAAGAGAAGAGAGUGUGCUGCCUCUCCUGACACAGGACUCUAACUCCAAAGCUCGGAGGGGUAUUUUGAGAAGAGCUGUUUUUUCUGAGGAUCAGAGAAAGGCUCUGGAGAAAAUGUUUCAGAAGCAGAAAUACAUCAGCAAAACAGACCGAAAGAAACUUGCCAUCAGCUUGGGACUAAAGGAAUCACAGGUGAAGAUUUGGUUUCAGAACCGAAGAAUGAAAUGGCGCAAUUCCAAAGAGAAGGAAGUGCUUUCCAACAGGUGUGUCCAGGAAGUAGGCCUUCAAGAGGAUCCCCUCUCACGGUCCGCUCUGGGGUUCUCUUCUCCGUGUCCUUCACUCUGGGAAGUCUCCCAGCAGCACUCAAGUCCAAGAUGGAGGGAGAAUUCACCAGAAUCUUCAGAAAGACUCAUCCAGGAGAGUUCAGGGGCAGCGCCCCCAGAAGCGAAGUCACUGCAGGGUGCCUUGUAUUUGUGUUCUGAAGAAGCUGGAGACAAGGGUGUACUUACUGGGGCUGUCUGAAUGGAAGCCUUCCUCUAUGUUAAUUUAAAAGGACGCUUAACUAAUAACAUUUGGACUCUAAAGCCAGCUAGCUCGUGCCUCAUCAGUGCCUAAAACGUAAUGCCUUUGGAGUGAUGCAUGAACUAAUGCUUUAGGAAACCCUCUCCAGUGCUCUCUUGUUUGGCUCCCAGACUCAGGCUUAAUUUGUAAGUGGGAUAGAAUCUCCCAGAAAGUAUGAAGGAACUGAAAAGAAUGAGAGUUAUAGGUGGCUCAGUCCCUGCUCUGAGUGUAUGUGUAUAUAUGUGAUGUGUGUGUCUCUGUGUGUGUGUAUAUAUAUAAAUAUUCAUUGAAAUACAUUAGUAGGAACUACUUCCUCCUUACAUAUGGCAUCGAGCAAGUUCAUUUCCUUUUAUAUGAGGAAAAACCAACUAUUGACCAACUGUUAUUAAUUUUUUUAGAAAAAUGUACGUGUUUUUAAAAAUUCCCUAUUUUCUGGUUUCUUCCAGUAUCCAGCUAGAAAUGAACUUUAACAACUCAGCUCAGCUCAGCUAUCCUAAUCGAAUGAGCCACUGUUAAAUACACUGAAAAUAUAUACUUAAGAGUAAUCCAACAAGAGAACUAGAAAAAUUUUGGAAUGAAACUCUUAGAACUCUUAAUUUCCCAAGUCUCUGGACUUCAUCAGGACACACUGAGGGAGGUACCCAUUUAGCUAAUGAUUAUCUUUUGAUCUCUUCUCUGUAAGGAUGGGCCUUAAUCAAGGUUUGCAAAAUAAAAUGCCUCUAAGGGCCUGUCAGUAAAUAGAGGGCAUGGCCCACCUAAAAAUAUUCGAGGUAAUAAUUUAAAAAAUACUGUGUUGGGCAAAUGAAACAUCCGUGCCAAGCAGUUUGUGACCUCCGGCCAAGACUUAAAGAAGUGUCACAGUUCCUAAAAUGUUCCCAACUGGACUUCAAAACACAAUACUGAUGGAAUCUAUAGUGGAUUUCUGUUUGCACUUCUAGUUAUAGACUCAAUUUUCCACUUAGGUGGUAUACGCGCUAUAUAUUAGGUUAUUUUUAUAUAUUAACAAGCACCACACAGAUGUUUUGUGUGCUUUGAGUAUCCUGAAAUAGUAGUAUUAUAGUAUUGCAUUUCUGGUAACGAUUUGCUUAGUUAAUCUAGAAAUUUUUAUUCCAGGUCCAAGAAAAAAUUAUGUUUCACUUUGAAGGAAAUGAGGCAGAAAAAGGAAAUGAUGUGGUUUUGAACUAGGUUAUUAUUAAUCUGUGGACAAGAAACAUUAUUAGAAGUUCAUGAUGUGGAAUUUUGUUAGUGAGAAAGCUGCAUAAAGAGAGUGGCUUCUAAUUUGCUUACAUUCCUAGUUAUAGACUUCAGGGCUCUAGGGUUUAGAGAUGGUAUCUCAGAGGACAACAGUUUUAGGUAGCAUCAGGACAUUAUUUUGUCUGAAUGUGAUUUGAAUUGAGGUAUGCUAGCCAGUGUCUUUAUCACGAGAUGUUUUACUUGAAAGUUCUCUCAGAAGAAACUGGUCUCAGUUUCUCUGUGGGAAGGAGGAGCAGGGAUCUGCUGACAACUUAAAAUUUUAAACCUGUCUUAAAAUGAUUUAUAGUAUUGUUUCUUUUCUUUGUAUAAUGUUAACCUAACCUACAUUUAUCGGGUCCUUUCUAUGUGCUAGAGACUGUGCUAAGCCUUUAGGGUGAAUUAAUUCAUGACAGUCCUCAUGACGGUAGCCCUAGGAGGUAGGAUCCCCUCUGUUACUGUCAGGAGUCCUCUUACCCAGACAAGGGACUAAGGCAGUGUGCUUAGGGUGAUGGCCCAAGGUCAUUAGGGUUUUGGACCCUGGCCAUCAAGUUUCAAGUCUUAUAUGCCAACCAUACAGAGUGCAUACCACUGUACAGUGUAUUCACCAGCUAUGGAAUGAUUGUAAGACAUACAUUUUGGGGAUUGCAGUAAGAUUUAUUAAAGAAAUUCAGAAGCAUAUUGCAUUUUAUGAUCUCUUACUUGGGGAAUAGUUUUCUUUCUAGUGCUCUCUUCUCUAUUAACUUUGAAGUUUAGGGAAAGUAAAAGAAUUGCAAAAGCCUUCAACUAUGAAGCCUCUAUAGAGAAUAGUCCCAGAGGAGUGUUUAAAUGAAAUGAAACUAUUUUUUUUUUUUUAUCACUCACAGCUAAAAAUUUUGAAGUGCUUAUCUAUGCUUAAUGUUUCUUGAGAAUAACUUGAAGAUCAAAUGAGAGCAUCCUGCUUCAUGGCCACCUGAUAAACUAGGUUUUAGAUGUGGGCUAAUUGUUGCUUAAAUGAUCUUCCCCCAGGGUUUUACCCCAACAUCUGAGUUCAGCAGAGGCUUCUCUCUGUAAGGUUGGCCUGAUGUUCAAAUAUACAAAUCUUUUAAUUGGUUUCUACUUUGGAAUGCAUUAAAGCUUAGGAAAAGUAAGCUCUAGAUGAGUUUAUUAGGGAUCCUUAGGAGACCCACAUAAACCCAUAUACUUGGUGCACAUACGUAUGCCUGUUGUGCCUUCACCUUGCCUUCACUUACCUGAAUUACUUGAGAGAACUCCUGAGUUUGAUAUUCUGAUUGACAAGGGUCUCCCUUCUCUCUUAAUUUGUGCUCUCCACCUCCUCCACCUCCCUCCACCUAAAAAACUCAUUUUCCUCUGUUCUCUAGAUGCAGAUUGCUUUUCUCCAAGUGGUCACAUAUUAGUAUAUUUGUUACCUGCUUUCCAGACAAGCACCAGAACUAGAGAAGCCUAGAGGUGAAAGGAUUUUAAAAUUUUUAGGAGACAUGGUCACAUGCAGAUUAGGCAAAUGGGAAGAAAAACUGGUUUAGCACCAUCGUCUAGCUUUUACAAAGAUUAUUAUUUUAUAAAGCUAAAUAUAAAAGGUUGGAAUUACAUAGCAGGUUAGGAAUGAUCACUGGAUCUGGACACAAUGAAGGCCAUGACUAUUGAUAUUGAAAAGGCAAUUCUAUUUUCUUAGUGGUGAAGUGGGCUGAAUGGGGGAAACCAAGUGCUUAGUCCAAUGGUUCACAAACCUUAAAAAUCCAUACAUGAGAACAUGCCAUACCUUCCAUCCAGUUUGGGGUAUGUGCUCAGAUUUGGGCAUGUACUUCAUACAUUCUCUUCAUCAGCCACGCCCCCCACUCCACCUUGUGAGAAUCAUUCAUUAUACAUGUUUUUCUCUUUUCAAAUAUAAAGUCAUAAGUAAGUAUCCUCGUUCAUGCCAUCCAUGUCCUUUCUGGCCCCUUCAUUCUACAUUCUGAUGCAGUUUUUUUAAAGCUACACCCUACCCAGUGUGUUCCAUGACCUAUUCCCUGAUAACCAGUGAAUUCUUCAAGCUCUGUUUGUCUUUAAUACAGCUCAUUCCAUUGUGUUCACAAGCUUGUUAGACACUGACUCUGUAGUCAUCGGAAAUCCACAAAAGUAUUUUUUCUUUCUGGAUUUCAACAUUGAUUGGGUCCUCUGUGUGAGGCACUGUCCUAGGCUCUGUGUAAACAAAUAUGAGGGAGAAAGUGCUCCUUGCCCUCAAGAAACUUAGAAUGAGUCUUUUGGCCAAACAUCUUUUGAUGUAUUCCAUGCUGUUGCCAACUGAAUCUAGUAAAUUUGGAGCAAAGACUAAUCUAACAUCCUCCAAAACCCCUAUCUCUCCAUUUGCAGUUGCGGGGUGGGGCGAAGUUUAUUAAGUGUUCCACCAUUCAGAAAAAUACAAGCUAUUUGGCAUUGUUGGUUUUCUCUCUCUACUCCAUGCAGGCCACAUUGGUCCCAAGAGGAGUCAGAGCCCAAGGGAAGAAUUCAUUAUUCUUUUGUUCAUAGUGCAUCCCACCCUCUACUUUUAUCUUUCUACCUUCUCAGUCUCAGAUCAACCUGUACAUGUGGUGGGUGGGAACGAUAAAGGAAAAGCAAAUAGCACAGGUGAGGGGAAAUCAGGAUGAUGAGUAUUUUUGAAUAUAUAAGGAAAGUUGUGCAGAAUUAAUUUAUAUCAUUUAUAAACUAUCUCUCUAAUAAGCAACUACCUUAAGAGUGUCAUACUAGCCCCACAAAGAUGGUUCUUACCUUCCAGCUAUUAAUUGGGUUCCAUUACAUUGUUAUAUUUGGUUGUAAGAAUUAUGCAUGCUCAUUAUGAAGAAACACACUUGAAAAUACAGCUAACAAAAAUUCAUGUAUAAGUCCACCAUUGGGAGAUAGCCAAUUUAGCUCUUCUGUGAAAGAUUUUCACUUUGAAUGUAUGUACAUAUAAAGGUGUGUGCGACUAAACAAAUUUGGAUCAUAAUAUGUAUCCAGUUUAUCCUCAUUUUUUAAACUCAGCUUUUUACAGAGAACAUUUCCCCAUGCCAUUAAAUAAAUGUUGAAACUAUUUAUGAUG